CCCGGGGACGGAGCUUCCUCGCCUCCCUCCUCCCCGGGGCCAGAGCGCGGAGCGGAGAGCCGGCGCCAUGGGCGGGGAGGAGGAGGAGGUCCUGCGCAUCGCCAAGCGGCUCGACAAGAUGGUCGCCAAGAAGAGCGUGGAAGGGGCAAUGGACUUGCUGAAGGAACUGAAAAGUAUGCCGAUAACCCUGCAUUUACUACAGUCUACCCGAAUCGGGAUGUCUGUGAACGCCCUUCGGAAGCAAAGCACAGAUGAAGAUGUAAUUGCACUUGCCAAGUCACUUAUCAAGGCUUGGAAGAAACUCCUAGAUGCUUCCGAAGAUAAGAGAGAUGAAAAGAAGAAGAAUUCUUUGUCAGCUUCUUCUUCAAAAGAGACCAGGGAUUCACGAGACCAAAGCUCCAUCAAAAGGCAGGAGUCUGUAAAAACUCCCACCACUCCCAAAAUCACUACUUUUCCUCCGGUGCCCAUCACGUGUGACACAGUUCGAGGCAAAUGUCGAGAAAUGUUAACUUCAGCACUCCAGACUGACAAUGACUAUGUGGCUAUUGGUGCUGACUGUGAGCAACUUGCUAGCCAGAUUGAAGAAUUUAUAUUCCAAGAUGUGAAGAACACAGAUUUAAAGUACAAAAACCGGAUCAGGAGUCGCCUGUCCAACCUCAAGGACUCCAAGAACCCUGACCUCCGGAAGAACGUCUUGUGUGGAGUGAUCACCCCCGAACAAAUCGCAGUGAUGACCUCAGAGGAAAUGGCCAGCAAUGAACUGAAAGAGAUCCGCAAAGCCAUGACGAAGGAAGCCAUCCGGGAGCAUCAGAUGGCCAAAACAGGAGGGACCCAGACGGACCUUUUCACUUGUGGCAAGUGCAAGGAAAAGAACUGCACCUACACCCAGGUGCAAACCCGGAGUUCAGAUGAGCCAAUGACAACCUUUGUGGUGUGUAAUGAAUGUGGAAAUCGCUGGAAGUUCUGCUGAAAUCAUCUCCGAGGGGAGCAGCCACAGCCAAUUCAGGGCCCCGAGCUCUGCCAUGGACUCCUUGCAAGUACCGCCAGCAGAUUUUUGUCCUGUUUUGUCGCCAAGUUUGCUUUGUGCUCUGUACAUCAUCCAGGUGAGGAGGGCCUGGCUGCCUGCACACCUGUAGGAAUAUAGCAGCGGCUGGGAACGGAGGCUGCCGGGAUUGGCACCGGAUGGGAAGUUUCCCCGGACCAGCCAGCUUAUUGUGAGAAUGUGGGACAGCGAUUAUUAUUAUUAUUAUUAUUUUUUGUUCUUGUUUUGUUUCUUUUCUCUUUAAAACGGGCAGGCUUCGAGCCUCAAAGUUGUACAGAAGCUUCUUGUGACUCUCUCCUUGGCUCCGGGUGCAAUUCUCAAAAGUUACAACCAGUAUUAACCAACUCCCUAAUCCCGGGUUCCAGGAGCCUUUUGUGUGUUUUGCUUUCAUUGCACAAACCCUGCCCAGUUUGAAAGCCGGUGCAAAGGGGCUGUGGGGAAAGUCUGAGGGUUCUCAAUCAAGACUUCCCAGCCUCUCUA